AUGUCCAGCUAUUCUCGCCCGCUGCCGUCGCAUCUGCGUGGUCAGUCGAUGGGCGCGUCGCAGCAGUCAUCGUUCCUGCAGCAGAAGAUCGCCGACAAGAAGACCGAGCUUGCCAACCUCAGGGACCUGCAGGCACUGAGCGGUGGCCUGGCAGACCAGAUGCAAAUGCUGGCCGACAAGCUGCAAACCCUCUCGGACGGCACAGAAGCUGUUGCAGCGGUGCUCUCAAACUGGCACAAUGUGCUUCGUGCCAUCAACAUGGCGUCCACAAUCAUGCCCAAGCCCAAGGAGGAGGACGAUGCAGAGACCAAGCAAGAGCCGGAGCCACCGCUACCGCAAACUCUUGUGCGCAUCCCUACUCAGCACGCGCCCGCUGUGAUCGAGCAGGCCAACGCUGGAGCAGCAGCAGCAGAGUGA